UCGUGCGCCUCGCGGGCCGCCGCAGACCGUCCCCGAGUCCUCCUGGGUCGCCCUGGUGGCCGCUGGGCGCGCGGAGCUCAUGGAGCCGGCUCGGGGCGCCCCUCGGGGGAACGGCGGCGGCGAGGCGCUGCUGGGCGAGCUAGAGGCGCUGGUCCGGGACGUGGAGAGGGCGAGCUCGUGGUGGGAGCGCCGCGGCGUGGACUGCGCCAUCCUCGGGCUCAGCCUCCUCGCCUUGCCGGCCGGGUUCUUAUGCCUGCGCUCUGAGAAUGUCCUGCUCCUUGGGCUGGGCAUCACCAUCCUGGGUGUGUCCCACUACACACUCACUGUCAAGGGCAGCCACCUGGCCACUCACGGGGCGCUCACAGAGUCCAAAGGCUGGAGCAAGUUCUGGGAGCUUUUCUUUGUGGAGGUAUGCUUGGCCUUCAGCGCAGAGUACGCUAAGUAUGGACACGUCAAGAUACACCAUGGUUAUACCAAUGUGCUGGGCCUGGGGGACUCGAGCACAUGGAGACUGCCUUGCCUCAACCGCUUUGUGUACAUGUUCCUUUCUCCUCUUUUGAUCCCCGUCAUAACUCCACUGGUGGCAGUCGAGCGGCUGAGGAAGGUGGAGCUCAGCUUGGCUAUGCGCACACUGGGCCUGAUUUCCCUGGGCCUCUAUGCUCACUACUGGCUACUUCUGAACGUGUCCGGCUUCAGGGGCCCCGGCUCGGCCCUGCUCUGCAUGUUCAUCACCAGAUCCCUGCUGGCCCACCCUUACCUUCAUGUCAACAUCUUCCAGCACAUUGGGCUGCCCAUGUUCUCCCGGGACAAGAAGCCCCGGCGGAUUCACAUGAUGAGCCUGGGUGUGCUGAACCUGCCUCGGCUGCCAGUGCUGGACUGGGCGUUUGGCCACUCCCUCAUCAGCUGCCACGUGGAACACCACUUGUUCCCCUGGCUCUCUGACAACAUGUGCCUGAAGGUGAAGCCCGUGGUGUCCCGGUUCCUCCAGGAGAAGCAGCUGCGGUACAACGAGGACUCUUACCUGGCUCGCUUCAGGCUGUUUCUCAGUCACUAUGAGGAGUUAAUGGUGCAGACCCCUCCCAUCACCGAACUGGUGGGAUUGCAGUGAGGGGGUGCCGCACAGUCACCCUGCACCCCUUCCCUGACCCAACCCUAGCUCUCUUGCUUCUGCUGGCCUGCCCUCACUCCAGGAGGGCCUGGGCCCUCCCCUAGUGUGGUGGCUGGGUUGCUGGUGGUGGAGUGGGGAGGCACUGGGGGCAGUGAGGUGGAGCGCCCCGGCUGGGAUUUCUGGGGAUAACCUGUCUUGCUUGCUCUUCUGGGUUUUGAGGGGUAUCUGGGGGAAAGAACUAAUAGUGGCUGGGCAUUCUGGUCAGUGUGGACCUCAGCCAACCUUAUCUCAGGGCUAAACAGCUGGAUUCCUCCUGUGCUGUGUCUGAGCCUUGGUAGGGUUAAGGGAAGGUGCUGGGGGGAAAGGAGGGGUCCUGGGCAGGGGGAGGCAGGGAGAGAGAAGGGCCAAUCCCUCAUUUAGGGCCUCCCGAGUGCCAGGAGAGCCUAUGUGUGGCUGGCCACCGCUUCUUCCUGUGUCCUUUGAGACUCUGUCUGCUAAGGAGCCCUCUGCCCAGGGACCACAGGGAGAGGUUACUUUUGGCAGACUUUCCUGGUAUCUCAGCCAGAGAAGCUUCUGCAAGACACAGGCUCGGCAGCUCCCAAGACCUGCACCAUCAGUGAAAUCAAAGUGUAUGUAUUUUGUGGGAAGAGCCCUCCGGGGGAAAUAAGGGCAUAAAUAAGAGUGUAAAUAGCUUUGAGCUUGACCUUGGCUAGUUCUAGAAAAAGUCUGCUUUGUUCCAUGAUGGUUAGUAGGGGUGGACCUGGAAGAACUAUCAAUUGCAAAGAGAAAAAUUACUGGGAGGGUAGCCGAGGCUGGAGGGGGUGAUGGGCUCAGUGUCUGGAGGACAGACAGUCUUAGAGGGGAGAGGAAGGAGGGCAGGGUGCAGAUACAAGGGUUUGGAGUCAAGAGCAGGGCUUGGCUGUGAACAGGUGCCUGCAGCCUGGGAGGGAGGCAAGCAUACAGGGAGUCACUGAUGCCAGCCAGAGGAGAGAGGAGGUGUGCUGGAGACACCACUGAGAAUCAGCCCAAAGCGGGCAGCCUGGAGCGAGGGCUGGGGGCCACCCUAACUAGUGGCUGGAUGACGGCACAAGGAAGGGCCCAGCUAGAGACUGAGGGAGGGACAGAGAAGGAGGCCAAGCCUAUGACAGGAGCCCAGAGCAGUUAGUCCAAAGCAGGGUUUCUUACAUCAGAGUACUGACAUCAUGGCCAGAUCGUUCUUUGUCACUGGGCCCUGUCCUGGGCAUCCCAGGAUGUUUAGCAGCAUCCCUAGCUUCUACCCACGGGGAUGCCAGGAACCCAAGUUGUGACAGUCAAAAAUGUCUCCAGACAUUGCCAACUACCUGUCUCCUAGGGGGCAAAAUCAUCUCUGGUUGAGAAACUGCGAGUCAUGUUCUGAGCACACAACUGCCUUGUUUUUCAGUGAAGCCUUUGGACAGGGUGGAGGGCGUGCUGGCUCUGCUGGUGGGGAGGCUGAAUGCAGCAAAUGGGAUGGGCAGAGGGGUUAGAGAGCAGGCCGCGCUGUCCUCUACGCCUGGUCCCGGUGGAGAACCCGUCUCUGGGGUGGCUCUGCUGCCCCUCCAGAUCCAUUUCCAACCCCCCUCUUCUUCUCCAACCUGCCUUCCUCUACAAAAGACCACAGCUUCUGCCCGGCACCCUUUCCUACAGCGAGGGCUCUUACUACUUCUGAAACUGCUCCUUCCUUCUGCUCCUUUGGGGCCUGGGGUGGUGAUGGCUUCCAGUCUUUGCUAGCCAGGGGUGCUUCCCCAUUCCCUUGAUCCUGCCCACACCUCUGUACAAAGUUCCUUCAUUAAACUCUUUUCAGCAGCC